UUCUUUGUUGAGCAGAGGUUUGUUUUCAGCGCUGCGAAACGGAAGUUCCGUCAUGAGAGGUAUGAAAUUUCGAGAAAAUCGGACACGCAUUGACUGAGUUCACUCGAUUUGCGCGGCAAGACUCGAAAGUUACGAAGACCGCAGAUAACGUACCCGUCACUAGACAAAAUGCCACGGGUAGUGCCAGAGCAAAGGCAAAAGUUCGAAAAUGACGACUUAUUUCGGAAGAUGUCACGGGAGACGGAGGUGAUUUGACAAUUCGACGUACAUGACAAAGUUGUAAACUCACAUGGACACUGCAGCACGAUGCCAUUAAAACGGUUCUAUCUAUUUUCAGAUAAAAUAUACCGGUUAUAGAGACAGAUCGCACGAGGAACGCAUCGUCCGAUUUCAAACAGAAGCUCGUGAUGGACAUGCCACCGUGGUAAGCCUGUCAAAAAAACUACUCUUGAUGAAGUUGACGAAAACUUUCGUAAAGAUCAUCACAGUCCCUCUUUGCGUGAGGGAGUUCUUGUGUUCUGUGUUAUUAAAUCAUUACCCUUGAAUAAUUUUUUUAAACGAUGUAGGCUUUCGUGUCGUCUGGGACGAAUUUCACACUACAGUUUCCAAAAGGAGAGGAUGGAACAGUUCCGAAGGAUUUUCUUGACUUUGAUCGGGAACCAGGAAAGGUAAACGAAAGUGAACAUGAUUUCAGGUUUCGCUUUAAAGAGGAAUAUUUGAAAACGAGCUAAUAAUUGCACUGAAAAUCUCGUAACUAGAACUUAAUGUUAUAUAAUCGCCGUCAUGUUGUGGAAUCUAAAUGUUUUCUUGGAUUUUCCUCUCGGCUCGAUUUUAGCGUCAAAUUUAACAGCAAGGUUGGAAUUGCGCCAGAUUAUUCUCACAACCCUUUCGAGUGGGCUGGCCGAAUAACGUCGGAAAGUUACGCCUUUUACGAAAAAUAAAUUGCGCCCUUGUAUCGGUAGGCGACUGACUUGAUUUCUUUUUGAAAGUUUUAUUUGUGUAUAAACAUCUGGCUAUUAAAGCUACUUGCAGCAGGUUGUGACUUAAUUAUGCAUUUGAAAAUAACUCCGCUUUUACGUACAAUCGCAGCAAACGCGUAUUUCGGCAAACGGAAUUUCCGAUCGCCUAGGAAGCAAGUCCUUGAGGAGAUCGAACAGCAAUCUUAUAAAAGAUUUACCGAGGUAUUAAGGUGGGAAGUGGAGGUUGUCGGCAACCCUAGAUAAUUGCACGUGCUGACAAAUUAAUUAUUUACAAUCUGUAACAUUUCAGCAUUUGAAUGGCUUUCUUAUUCAAGAUGACUUGCUUCGGUCGGCUGUUCUCGUGGGCUUUCCGCACAAUAAUCGUUUUGACUGUAAUUCGAAUUAUUUUGCAGAGGUAGAUUAAAGCUCGAAGCGAGGCAAUUAAUUGCGCGAUUGCGUGAAUGGACGAUAUCAAUAACUAGAAUGAUCGCAAACGACAAGCGGACGUAAAGAGAGAAUAUUUAAUAUCAUGGCAGUUUAUUUUUCAGGGUAAUUAUACUGAAUUACAGGAGUUACUUUUCUUUUGUAAAUUGUUUAUUUCCGUAGCUUUAAAGACGAUUAAAUAUUUCGUGUCGGAAAAGUUCAACUCAUUCGUGAUUUCCCCGAGGCCUUCCCUAGCCACUAAGUGUAACUUUAUCUCAAACAACAACAGAUUUAUGGCGGUAGAAUAUAGGAAAUCUAUUGGAGGUACUUGUGUCUACAUACUAAAUUGAAAAUUUGUCAGCUAAACAAUAUCAAGUUUCAAAAUAUUUUGAAUAAUGAAGGCGGAAUACCGAGUGUUUUUCAUGAUCGGAUCGGCGAGUUCGCAUGAUCGCUGCUCGCUUUAGAAGAUUGUUCAUGAACAAUAUUCUUUGUAGUGCGGCAUGUUGAGUUGAACGCGGUGUGAAAUUCCGACUUCAAUUAAUUUAAAAACAGGUGUAUCACUCAGUGUGAUUUGGCGUAAAAGUAUUUGAUUUCUUCCUGAAUAGGACGCAAUAAUAACCCGAUUGUUUUCUUGUUUAGUUCUGUCACAAGUGCAAUUAUGCUAGUGAAUGAAAAUAUUCUGAAACAAAUUACGAGAAGCAAAAGCUUUUGUCUAUCAAUGAUCUCCCUAACUUCACCAGAAACUCGCAAGAAUACUUUGUCCUUCUUGAUCGAAAGUUAUGGGUAACAAUGCCAAAUACAAGUUUGCGUGUGCAAGCACUUAUUUAAUUAUGCCAGACAUUUUAAUCAAAGUAAUGACACGGCUGAAACGACGAGUAUAACAGAAAUUCCACAUCGCAUUCGCGAGAUAACGAAAUUCCAUAUGGUUGACAACAUCUCGUGGAGCGCGAUUUUGUCACUUAAUCAUUAACCAUAGGUGUGAAAAUCUAUUUAGUGUUGGAGAAAGAAUUUUUACAGAAAACGUGCUCUAAUUUACAAUAUACUAUAAAAAUUUGUGACCACUUAACCGUUAAAUCAGUGACAUAGUAAAUCAGUUAAAUUUCCGUUAUCACAUAAAUGCUCCCUAUCAAUCUCGAUAGGUCUUCAUCAAAAGCCGUUUUAUAAUGAAUGGUGUAUGUGUCGUUUGGAAAGGCUGGAUAGACUUGCAGAGACUUGACGGAGCUGGAUAUUUGGAAUUUGACGAAGAUAAAGCUAAAGUAAGUUUUAAUACCUAUAUUAACAAACGAAUUCUCCUUUCCCACCAGUAGACAUUCCACAUUAAUGCAGUAGCGUGUUGCCUGAUUUAUUCAUGAAUUCUCAUUACACUUGUAAAUCAGUUUCUGGUAAUAUGUUGGGAGAAACUUCAUACUGAUACUUGUUGAAGAGAUUCAUGACAAGUGCUUUGUUGGUUUUCAAAUGUUUCUGGUUUUUUAUUAAUUUUUUAACUGUAAUUAGUGUAAUAUUGCAAGGUUCCCUGGAGUACUCCAACAAAAUGUGGUAAAAUACUUUGUAUACACAGGUGUUUGCCUUAUUGUGUUAUUUUCAAAAAUUUAUUACAAAGUCAUUUAGAGCCUUCCUAAUAAGUAAAUGAUUUUAUGGUUUCAAAAUGAUGUAAGAUCUCAGUCAUAAUACUGGUAAGGUUACUUUCUCACAAAUAUCACAUUGCGUGUCUUUACUAAAGUCACAUGCGGAGACCAAAAGGGCCGAUAAACAGGAAAAGAGGUCACUAAAAAUAGACCCACAAAUUAUACACCUCCUUUUGAGAGAGAGAUGACACAGAUAACACAAGCUAAUUAUGGCUCUUAUUCAUGAGUAGUCUGAUUAGUUGAAAAGAAUCAAUAAUUUUUUUGUUUGAAGAAAUGAUAAAUCAUUGCUUUCAUGCCCACAACAAAACAAUUACCUUUGAAAAAAGCUCUGCUAAUAGCAGCUAUUAAAUAAUUCAUUCCACAUUUCUACAUUUUGGACUCCUGGGGUUUUAAUUGAAAUGCAAAAAAUUGAAAACCACCUCCCCACUUCACUUUUUGAAGAGGCCACAUAUGAUCUGUUGACUAAGGGUAAAAAUGCAAAUUGCAUGGCACUUCAAAAGAGCAAAUUGUAUAACCUUUUCACUCUCUGUGGUAACCUUAAAGGAGAUUUUAAUUAAUAUAUUAAUAUAAUUUCAAGUGAAAAGGUGAUUUGAAGAAAGAGGGAAAUCAGUUGUGGCUUAUUACUUUUCUCAAAAGCAAAUUUUUAGUGUUAAAACUAUAAAAAAAAUAUAUAGCAAACAGUGUGGAGAACUGAUAUUAAAAUUUAGGGGUGAUAAGAAUAAUAACAGACCCCUCAUUCCAGCUACAGCACAUUUUUUUUUUUCCAUUGUCGGAGAAUUCUUUCAUUACCAUCACUUCCAAGUCAAGCUGUCUUCCUUAAGAAGAUGAGGAGCUAAUGUGAUUUUGAAAAGCUGUUACUGAUGAUGCGACAAAUUAUCCAACAAACUCCUGAAAAUGUCAUUUACUGUGUGGUCUAUAUCCUGUUCUAUAGGGCAAUAUAUAAGGAUUGCGAAAGGCUGUCAGUGGGGUAUUGUAUUCAAUGAUUUGACAAAUUAUCCAACAAAUUAUCCAACAAAUUCCUGAAAAUGUCAUUUACUUUGUUGUCUUUUUUGAUUGGCUGGAUAACAUAAAAGGAUUGCGAGAGGCUGUUAGUGGGGUAUUGUAUUCGAUGAUUUGACAAAUUAUCCAACAAAGUCCUGAAAAUGUCAUUUACUGUGUGGUCUAUAUCCUGAUCUGCAUCGCAAUACAUAAGGAUUGCAAAAGGCUGAUUAGUAGGGUGCUGUAUUCAAUGAUUUCACAAAUUAUCCAACAAAUUCCUGAAAAUGUGAUUGACUUUGUAGUCUAUAACCUGAUCGGCAGGGCUAUAGGUAAUGAUUGCAAAAGGCUGUUGGUGGGGUAUUGUAUUUGAUGAUUUGAUAUAUUAUCUAACGAAUUCCUGAAAAUUUUAUUUACUUCAUAUUUUUGUAUCCUGAUCUGCAGGGCAAUACCAGUAUAUCUAAUGUGCCGCUUAAGUUGGUUUGAAACUCAACAUUCUGCAAAUUCCUUGCAAUGGUAAACCAUUGCCAUUCAAAUUAGAAAAAGUCCUUUUGAGUAUGAAAUUUUAUAGUAAAAAUGUGUUAGAUAAAGUAGUUUGGGAUCCCACGUGGAGGAAACUAUAAGCGACAAAUUGUGCAUUGUUUUAUGCAUUAUAUCCUAUUGGCUGAGAGAAUGACAUGGGUCUUCUAGACUAAUCAAAGAAGUUAGUCAUUAAAAACCAACAGAAAAUCAGGAGACAUUCAAGAUUCAACCACAAAUUUUCCUGAAUCCUCACUCUAAAGUAAAGCAUAGGUCUUGCCCAGUUGUUUAACUCUCAUUGUUCUCCCUUGUACCGUGCCACAUUAGUCUGAAGACAAAGUAAUGAAAGAGACAUUAGAACAAGCCAAAAGACGAGUGGCUGAAUUUGAAGAAAGGCAAAGACAGUGGAGGGAAGAGCAGCAACGGAAAGAGUCUGAGGCAAGUAGCCAUCAACGUAUCAACUAUAGGUAA